AUGAGUAAUACUCCCAAUAAUUCAGAUGCAAGGCUAGAGUUUCUACGUUCUGUAUAUCAGCAAGUAUCUGUGCCAAAUAUUCCAUCAAAUUACAGACGAGCUACAUAUAUAGAUAGUAAGAAAAAAGAUGGUGCUACAAAGAAAAAAGUGUACCGUAGACAUCGUACGUCUAAACAAUUGAUUGCUGAUGAAUUGAAGCGUAUCAAUAAAGUGUUGGAUGAACAUAAGACUUCAAAUACUCCCGUGGGUACACAGAUCAAUUAUUUCAAUAUCAAUGCGCCUCCAUCUUUGAAACCAAUAAAGAAGUACUGUGAUAUUACGGGCUUGGUUGGUAAUUAUAAGUCUUCUACAAAUAAUCUGAGGUACUAUAACUCAGAGAUAUACCAGGCUGUUAUUAAACAAAUAGCCCCUGGAAUGGAUCAAGAGUAUUUAAAAUUAAGAGGUGAUAAUUUCGUAUUGAAAUAG